AUGGCCGUUGACUUCUAUACCUGGUUGACCACCUUCCAAAACCAACGACAUGUAGCUCACACCGCAUGUAUUCUCCUCAGUGCUGGCCUCCUCUUCACUGGGUUUGGAGCUUUCAUCUUGAACGGGUUCGGAAACACCAACUUCGAUGACUUCGAAGGCGAGAAGAGGAGAACCAUGCUUACCUGGCUGACUGGAGCAGUCGGUAUGAUGGCCACGGCGGCAAACGUCUUCCUCUACAGCCGCAUCGCCGUGCUCGACAGAUUCGACCCCCUUGCCACCGAAGAGUCCAUGAGCAUCAAGAGGACAACAACUUGCAUAGUGGGAGUAAUCGGCUUGUUCGUCGUCACUGUUGUGGAAUUUGCUCUUGCUGGUGCUACUGCCCGUGAGGGAUUCACGUUCAUCGCACUGGUGGCUACAUUUGCAGGGUGCAUAUCAAUCCUGACCAUGGCUUACGAUAUCAUAUCCCUUGUUCGGCCUAACCGGAUAUCUCUGGACGAUGAGACCAAUGUCCCUUUAGAGCACGAUGAGUUCGAUCCAUGA